AUGGCUCUCCUUCCCGCUGGAAUCACACCACUCCCCAACACCCCUCGAGGGCUAGGAUCAAGGAAAGGGGCCGAGCGGCCCCAUUUAGGCCAAUCUUCAGAAUUGACUUUCACCUUGGAACCCAGUGAUGUUGUGGCAGUAGAGGAACAUCCUCUGAAACUGCACUGCCAAGUGGAAGGAAUGCAGCCCAUUAGCAAGUCGUGGAGGAAGAAUGGAGUGCUGCUGUCUGAUAGUGAACACAUCUCGCUGCUUGCCAACGGAUCACUCUACAUCACAAAGUUUCAGAAGCUGAGGGAGGACGGCUCCUCUGAUGAGGGGGAGUAUGACUGCACGGCGCAGAAUCACUUAGGAUUACUGGUCAGCCGCAAGGCAAAAGUGCAAGUUGCAACUCUGUCUCCAUUUCACGUGCAGCCCCAGUCGAUGAUGGUGGAGGAAGGUGGUGUUGCCAGGUUUCAGUGUCAGAUUCAUGGUUUACCAGAGCCAUUGAUCAUGUGGCUGAAGAAUCGCAGGGCUCUUGAGCCAAGUGAUGACAGGUUCACCUUUCUGCCAACGGGGGUCCUGCAGAUUACACGAGUGGGUGAAGAAGACAGUGGAAUAUACCAGUGUGUGGCAGCUAACACUGCCGACACAAGACAUAGCGAAGAAGCCAGUCUCACUGUGUCAGGAUCUCACUCCAAUGUUUAUAAGGAGCCAACGAUCCUGGUUGGUCCCGAGAACCUCACACUUACCGUGCACCAAACAGCUGUCCUGGAAUGUGUUGCGACUGGAAACCCUCGUCCGAUUGUAUCCUGGAGCCGUCUCGAUGGCAGACCAAUCGGUGUGGAGGGGAUCCAAGUGCUGGGCACAGGAAAUCUCAUGAUCUCUGACCUAUCGGUGCAGCAUUCUGGAGUGUACGUAUGUGCAGCCAAUAAACCAGGGACUCGCGUGAGGCGUACUGCACAGGGGCGGCUGGUGGUCCAAGAGAGGUGUGAGGGAGUCCUGUGUUUUACUGAGCAGCAAAGGACCCUUGUAGUGACGGUGACGUGUGGGAGCCCUGUAAUGACGGUGAUGUGUGGGAGCGUUGUAAUGACAGUGAUGUGUGGGAGCGCUGUAAUGACGGUGAUGUGUGGGAGCUCUGUAAUGACGGUGAUGUGUGGGAGCUCUGUAAUGACGAUGAUGUGUGGGAGCUCUGUAAUGACAGUGAUGUGUGGGAGCUCUGUAAUGACGGUGUUGUGUGGAAUCUCUGUAAUGACAGUGAUGUGUGGGAGCUCUGUAAUGACGGUGACGUGUGGGAGCGCUGUAAUGACGGUGACGUGUGGGAGCUGUGUAAUGACGGUGACGUGUGGGAGCUGUGUAAUGACGGUGACGUGUGGGAGCUCUGUAAUGACGGUGACGUGUGGGAGCGCUGUAGUAACGGUGAUGUGUGGGAGCUCUGUAAUGACGGUGACGUGUGGGAGCUCUGUAGUGACAGUGAUGUUUGAGAGUUCUGUAAUGCAAUGGAGUCUGGAUAAUGGGGAAAUGGCGGUGAAACUAAACAGUUACAAUGCAUGUGUCUUCAUGGGUGGAAAUACAAAGUAUCCCUCAGAAAUAAUAGGCAUCCAGUGA